AUGGAUUCUGGGUUAUCCUGGGCUGAUCAAUGGGAUAAUGACAACUAUGACCCUCCAGCAUCUGGUUCAGAAAAAAACAAGAAGAAUGAAAAAGAUGGAUCUAAGAACAAGUCUGUGAAGGGAUUGUUAAGCCUCAAAUGGAUAAAAGAGCUCCGCAAGAAAUCUAAAAAAUAA